UGCAUUAUUGGCUGCCUAUCGUCCUCCACAAAUUUAGAGAGAGAGAAAGAGAGAGAGAGCCGAUAACAUGGGAAAGAGAGAAGGAAAGGUGGAAGGAGAGGAAAGGGAAGCUCCUCUCCAUGGAGAUGUGCUGGAGGCUAUCGUCUCGCACGUGUCCACCAUGGAUCUCGUGCCUGCCUCGCACGUAUCCAAGACGUGGCGCAGCGCCGUCCUUUCCUCUCUCCGGCGCUCCCCGCGCCGCGCCCCCUGGCUGUUCCUCCACCUCCAGAGCAGCCGCGACCCCUCCAAGGCAUCGACGCACGCCUACGACCCACACUCCCGCGCGUGGACUCCCCUCCCGCACGUGCCGCGCGUCCCACCUCGCGUCCCCGUCCCCCUCCGUUCCUCGCCCCUCCUCCACGCCCUCUCCAUCUCCCGCCUCGCCCUCUCCGCCGACCCCUUCGGCACCGCGUGGCGCGAGCUGGACCCCCCGCGCGUGUGGCGGCGCGAUCCGGUGGUCGCCGCCGUGGGGCCCGCCGCCGUCGUCGUGGUGGCCGGCGGCGCGUGCGAGUUCGAGGACGACCCGUGCGCCGUCGAGGUGCACCGCGGUGGCGGGUGGGAGGAGGCCGAGGCCCUGCCGGAGGUCUUCAAGGGGUCGGCGGCCGCCACGUGGCUGUCGGCGGCGUCGUCGGACCGGGCGGUCUACGUGCUGGAGAAGCAGUCCGGGUGGGCCAGCCGGUUGGAUCCGGAGACCGGGCUGUGGGGCCCGACUCGGCAGCUGCGCCCGGAUCCGAGCGUCUGCCUCUCAGCCAUCAGCUUCAUCGACCACGAGCGUCUGGUCCUGGUUGGGCUUUGCGGGUCGGAUUCGGAUUCGGGUUUGAGGCCGGAGAGCCUGAAACUGUGGGAAGUGGACAGCGAGACGCUGGAGGUGGGAAGCGAGGUGGGGAGAAUGGGGAAGGAGAUGGUGGAGGGAUUGGUGGGCAAGGAGGAGGAAGGGUCGUAUUCGUGGGGAAUGUCGUCGAUCGGAUUCGCGAGCACAGCGGGUUUCGGGUACGUUUAUAAUCCGGCAAAUCCGAGGAAGGAUAUAUUCUCGUGCGAGUUUGCGGCGACGGACACGGGGAGUGACGGAGGGUGCAGGUGGGAAAGAAUUCCGAGUCCGCCGGCGGUGGUGGAAGCCAAUCCGACGCAUAGGAUGGUGUUCAGGUGCUCCACAGUUGGGAUGGACGAACUUAAAAAGCUUCUGCGGCCGCCGAGAAGAUGAGGUGAAGGGGUUUUGGAACAUUCAUGCCUCUGUCAGAGAGCAGGCGCCCUUUGGGGCCUGCAGCCAUUAGGCAGUGUUUUCUUUUUCGUCUUGGCGAAAAAGAAGCACUGCAGUCUUUCCUGUCUUUCCUGUCCUUUUCUUGUAUUUUCCCCCUUUUUUUCGCCCUUUCCUUUCUAUGUAAUUAAUUUACUUUGAGAACUGUUAUUGACGACCGGAGAGUUUUCCGACGUCGAAUGUCCUAUAAAAUCUUGGAAAUGUUUAUCUUGUCUCCACCAAUGCACUAAAACCAUUAGAUGA